AUCAAUUCAACUUAAUUCUCUUCUUCAUUAGCAAAUUAAACUUGCCAUUUUCAUUGAGCUGAUAAUAUAUACUAAUGGCUUUUGCUUAUAAUGCACAAGCAUUUCCCUUACUUGCAUUAUUGUUCUCAUCCAUGUUUGCCAUUGGUCUAGCCAAUUAUGACUUCAAUUGGGGCUCUAGAACAUGGAACAAAACCAAUUUCCCUUAUACUCAUCCACCAAAUGCUACUCACACCUCCAAUAGAUUCAUCGUUGGAGGUUCGGAAAAUUGGCAUUAUGGCUUCAACUACAUGGAUUGGGCUCGAAACAAUACUCCUUUCUUUGUUAACGACACCUUAGUGUUCAAGUAUGAUCCACCAAAUGCAAAUGCUACUGGAUUUCCACAUAGUGUUUACUUAUUCCCAAACUAUUGGAGCUUUAUUAAAUGCGACUUCAGAAAGGCUAAAAGAAUAGCGGAUCCAAGUGAGGGUGCAGGGGAAGGAUUUGAGUUUGUGUUGAAGAAAAUGCAGACUUACUAUUUUGCUUGUGGAGAACAUAAAGGAAUCCAUUGCAAGACUGGAAACAUGAAGUUUGCUGUGAUGCCUCUCAAACAUUGGCGUUUCUAA